AUGCCGGCGAAGAGGCUCUGGGAGCGGCACAUCCAGUUACGGUUGAGCUGGCCCACGAGCGGCGGCUGGCGCUGGAACUGCACCACCACCAGUGACGCACAGCUGUCCCCCGCCCCCACCGUGUACCGCCGGUUCGCCACCGUCUUCGACCGCGCCUUACCACACGCCACCGCUCCCAACGGCGUGCCGGCGACACAGAUCUGGGGGUUGGAGAGUUCCUGCUGGGCGUACGCGGCAGCCAGGGCGAUCCAGGCCGCAUAUGCUAAAGUCGUGGAAACGGACCUAACUCGUUCCCCACAACAGCCUCGCAUCCCUCCCCAACCCAUCCUCCCCCCACCCCGUCCUUCUCCCCGCUUCUCGCCCCGGCCCCUGAUGGGCGUACGCAGCAGCCAAGGCGGGUCUUGCUGGGCGUACGCAGCAGCCAAGGCGGUGCAGGGCGCGUAUGCGAAGCUCAAAGAGACGGACGAUGAUGUGUUCCCCAGCGGGACUCGGCUGUCGGUGCAGCAGCUGGUGGACUGCACUGGUACUGCUGCCUCGUGCCGGGGGGGGUACCCCGAGGCUGCCCUGCAGUAUGCGGCAAAGUUCGGGCUGCAGAGUGAAACAGAAUAUGAGUAUACUGGGGUUGGCGGCAAGUGCAGCACCAAGAAGGAUGCGGACAAGUGGAACACCUCGAUGUACGAGCAGGUGCCACUGCCGGGACCCCUCUUUCUCGUGUGCUGUUCCCUCUUUCUCAUCACAUCCGUGCUCCCUCUCCCUCCCCUACCGCCCCUCACCCCUCUCCACCGCUCUCAGCAAAGGUGGAACAUCAGCAUGUACGAGCAGGCGCCGCUACCGGGGCCGCUGGGGCUCAUUCUCGCGCUGCAGAAGCAGCCCGUUAUCGUCACCAUCCGCGCCUCCUCCCAAGACUUUAUCGACUACUCGGAAGGCAUAUACCAGGGCUGGGACUGCUACAGCCCCGUGGGGGAGGUGUGGGGGGACACGCAGGGCCAGGGGCUCAGAGCGACAGCCACAGCCACCAACAACACGGGGCUGCUGGACCACGUGAUGCUGGCCGUGGGGUAUAACUAUGACUCUCCGGGCAGCUUCUAUAAUUACUUCAUUCUGAAGAACAGCUGGGGGCCGCAGUGGGGCGAGAAUGGAUACAUGCGGAUUCGCAUGGAGGGGGGCGCGUUUGGCACAUGUGGCAUGCUGGUGAAUCGCGGGCUGUACCCCGUUGUGAACGGUGCAAUGGGAUCCAAUCCCGCUCAAUUCUCUCGUUUUUCCCUCGUUCCCCUCUUCUCCUCCUUACUCUUCCCACCCAUACCCCUCGCCAGCCCGCCAGAGCACGGGCCCUGCAGCAUAUCGCUGUGUGGGGGGGGCACAUCCCGCCAGACCACGGACCCCUGCGGCACGUCACCCUGUGGGGGCGGCACGUGUGUGGCGGACGGGAGUGGCAACGGCAAGUACACGUGUCAGUGCUCGGACCUGCUAGCGCCCGCUGUCAACCGCGACGGCACACCCACAUGCACCAUCGCUUGCUCGCUUCGCCCCUCCUCGAUAGAUUUAACUUCAUGUCCUCCACCCGCCCCUCCCACACAGGCGAUGUCUGCAGCAUGCUGCCUAACAAGCCAUGCUCCGUUGGGCGAUGCAGUGCAUCUCAGCAGCACCAAACAGCACCCCUCUCUCACCCGUCCACCCGUCUGCAGCAUGCUGCCUAACAGCACCUACCCCGUCUCAUUCCCCCCACCCCUCUCUCAUCCCCCAUCUCCACCACUCCCUCCCUUUCCAGUCGACGUCUGCAGCAUUCUACCCAACAACCCGUGCGCCGUGGGGCAGUGCAUCAACAGCGGCGACGGCGGGUAUUCGUGCAUUUGCCCUCCCAACUACAAAGCCAGCGUGCUCGCCUCUGGCCAGACCACCUGCGUGCCUGGUGAGCGGAGAGAAGAGGAGGACCUCUGCGAAAGGGGUCAGCUUCUCAACAUCUCCAUCCCCUCCUCGGCUCAAGUGUGCCGCGUGCGCUACACUGUCACCCAGGUCGGUGCCUACAUGUUUCCCAGUUGCGUUACAUUUCUCCCAGGAGCGUUUCAUGUCUCUUCGGUGCAUUACAAGUUACCAGGUGCGUUACAUGUCCCCCUCUCCCCCUCCCUUCGCAUCCCCUUCCUCAUUCCCCUCAGGCGGAUGCAGCAGCAAAGAGCUGCGGAUGCAGCGGCACAGAGCUGUGAUGCCAUCAACGAUCGCUUUGGCAUAGACGUAACGACCAUCAACCCCAGCCUUGACUGCACAAGCCUCACGUCCAACCAGCAGGUGAGGCGAGUGGGGAGCAGGGCGCUCUCACUGGUGUGCCAAGGUGGGGGAUGCGGUGUCAGGAGCAGCGGAUUAGAAUCUCUGCACCAACUACCAGCUGGCCAACCAGUGAGUCACCUGCGCCCCUCUCCUUUCACUGUCCCACGAUCUUUCUUGCCCUCACCUCAGAUCUGCAUUCAAGUUGGAGAUGCAGUGUCAGGAGCAGCGGAUUACAAUCUGUGCACCAACUACCAGCCGGCCAACCAGUGGGUCACCUGCGCCAGCAUCGUAUCAACGUACGGCAUGACGUGGCUCGACCUCUACCGCCUCAACCCCGGCAUCAACUGCGACACACUCAGCGCCCUCACUGCCUCUGAGGUAACAAUGGGUGGGUCUGGAAGUGGGAAUAGAAAUGUGGCCCCAAAAUUGUGGGCCUAG